GCAUCAAAUUCCAACACUAGUUUAAAUUAAAUACCGGUUAAAAAAUGAAAGAUGUUCAGGGUUAUUUGGUUCUUCAGCAAAGCACGAGCGCCAGCCCUGAAAUGGCGGCACAGUGGCACGCGCUUGAAGAUUUGUACAACAGAAAAUUGUGGCAUCAGUUAACUUUGAAGUUGACUGAGUUUGUGAAAGACCCUUAUUUUCAAUCUGGAGACACUCUCAUCCAGCUUUAUGAAAACUUUCUCUGCGAUUUUGAGCACAGAAUAAACCCUCUCUCUCUGGUGGAAAUUGUUCUCUAUGUUAUCAGUCAAAUCACAGACCCAAACGAUGCGAUUACCUUUCUUGAAAAGACAAAAGAAAAGGUGAAGUGCAGCGACGAAGCAGUGAUCUUGUGUAAAACGGCUAUUGGGUGUCUGAAACUAGAGGUCAAUGAGCUCAUUGCGACAAAGAAACUGGUAGAGGAAGUGGAGGAGAUGCUGAAUAAUUUGCCUGGUGUAACAUCAGUCCACGGGCGUUUUUAUGAUUUAUCCAGCAAAUACUAUCGAUUUGUGGGAAACCACGCUCUGUACUACAAGGACGCGCUGCGAUAUCUCGGCUGCAUAGAUGUAAAAGAUUUAUCUGAGACGGAGAAACAGGAGAGAGCGUUUACACUGGGGCUUGCUGGACUACUCGGUGAGGGAGUGUAUAAUUUUGGAGAGCUCCUGAUGCAUCCGGUGUUGGAGUCUUUAAGAAACACAGACAAGCAGUGGCUUAGAGAAACGCUGUAUGCUUUCAACAGUGGUAACGUCAUCAAGUUCCAGGCUUUAAAGUCAGCCUGGGGUCAGCAGCCAGAUCUUGCAGCUCAUGAGGUCAAACUGAUGCAAAAGAUUCAGCUACUCUGCAUAAUGGAGAUGACUUUUGCACGGCCCACUAAUAACAGACAGCUCUCAUUCCAGGAAAUUGCACAGAGCGCCCAAAUCCCAGUGAACGAGGUGGAGCUGCUUGUGAUGAAAGCACUCUCAGUUGGAUUGAUAAAAGGCAGCAUUGAUGAAGUGGAUCAGACAGUUCAGAUGACAUGGGUUCAGCCAAGAGUACUCGAUUUACACCAGAUUAAGGGCAUGAACGAACGGCUGGACUCGUGGUGUAAAGACGUGAAGAACAUGGUGGUGCUAGUGGAGCAGCAAGCACAGGACAUCCUAACUUAAUGCAUCAAUCCAACACAAAUCAUUCUACUAUUACUUUUUUCUCUGUUUACUCUAUAUGUCGUCAUUGAGGACUUUUAUUUCCAUGCUUCAUGUGAGCAAAUAUUUAUUAUGAUGUUCUGUAAUAUUUGAGCUUCAUGGGUUUUUUCCAUAAUGUAUUUUACUAGAUGUAUUCAAUUAAUCGAAUAACAUGUGACCUAAAUAUAUGUAUUUAUUAUUCCUGAAAAUACACAUUUAAUCCAAUCAAAUAAAUAUUUUAUAUUAAUUUACGAAAUUAAUGUGGAGAAAAUACAGGUCAAGAAAAAAAUCCUUCCAUACUCAGAAAUAUUCCUAUGGAUUAAAGGACCAUAUGGACCAUAUUAAAUGUUAUUGUCAGGAAUUUCAGUUCUAAUAUCAUUUAAAGUACAGUAUUUAAUUUAAACCAGCAUAUGGAUACAUAAGUAAUAUGUCUUAUACGUACCGUGUUUAUUUAAAGUUUGUCCAGGACAGGGUAAUAUUUCCAUAAAAACAACUUGCUAUCUGAGACUUAGAAACUGUUGCUUGUGACAAUAUAUUGUGAUAAAUUUAAAAACGAGGUGUUAAUAUAUUAUUGACAUCACACAUCCCUACAUUGCUUUAGUGAGUGAAAUAAUUUGUAGUUUGUUGCUGUGCAAGUCAAAAUUAUUAUGCUGCUAAUUCUAAAUAUCUCGUAUUAUUACAGAAUAAAAAAAUCUAGCAAAUAUGCUGAACAGAAAUUACACUGCUGAAAUACAGAUGGGAGCUCUGUUAUGCACUAGGGGUAUUUAUUUUUUUUAUUUCACUGGCAUGGUUUGGCUUUGUUUAAAAAUGGUAUCACUGCAUUUAUAUUCUAAUGGAUGUUUUUUUUUCCUGGAUGACCCGCUGCCUGUUCACAUGGCUCAUGGAAUGCUGAAGAUGAAGAUUAAGGCUAUUGGCUCAACACCUGAUUAACACCCGUUUUUAAAAAUGUUCAUUUAAUUAAUUUGUCACCUGCCUGUAUGCAUGCUGUAUGCAUAUUGCACACCACCUGCAUUAGUGACUAAAGUGUAACUUACAACCUGAAAGUCUCUGUAUGUUUUUUUUUUUAUUUCAGUUUACACUUUAUGUGGAACAAAUAUAAAACUUAAUAUUCUGCUUCAUGUUUUUGUAAAUUAU